UUACCGACCUAGGAUAGGAUGCACUUGGACUUGGGAUUUGAUGUACCUGAGUGAAUGGCUGUCCAGGUUAACCAUCGGGAUGAGGCUGAUAUACUCCUAGCUAAGUUCCAUCAUUGUACACCUAUAAACUUAUAAACUCAACACCGCGGAUCGAGUCUGGGGCACCAGGAAGUUGUAGGAAUAGGUGUUAUCCGAGAAUCGAAUGGCACCACCACUAAAGUGGUAGUGGAGCUGCGUGCUCUCCAGAAAUGGAUCCAACACUGGCGAUUUCUCGAGGCAUUUUUUAUCGCUUCUUGUUGAGCUGGGCACCUCUCUUAUCGCAAAUUAGUGAGUUCGGGGAAGGGGGUUUUCAAAUGCUGUCAUGCUUAAUGUUUUGAUCAAAUGAUGAUUGCAGGAUGUUCCGCCCACGCCAUCAAUUAUCGUGGGGUUAACUCUUGUGUGGAUCUUCUUGUUGGGACGGUCGGUCGUCUAAGCUACCUAUAUAGAUGUUCGCCUUGACCGGUCUAAAGCUAAAAUAGACCAUUCGAUUGUUAAUAUUCAAAUUUCUAUUACUAUGUCAGCGUACACUCCUCCAUAGUUUGCCUGACAAACAAUGUUAUAGAACGGCCGGCGCCACUUUGUUUUUUGUCUGCACUGCAUGCCCCGACAUGUAAUGAAAUGCCAAUCUUCCCAACUACUUUAAGUGCUUCUGCCUAGACUUCCCGUCGAUUACAAUUCUCUGUUCUGAAUUCUUCAACUCAAUCCUGCUUCAUUCCAUAAGCUAAUGCAACGACAAUCCCGAAAACACAAAUUAAGGAACAAGGAAGAAGAAGCUUGAGCCCGUUAGACGCUGCAUCUACCAUGGCUCCUGCUGCCGGCGACAGGUCUCUGAAGGAGACACCAACCUGGGCGGUCGCGGUCGUCUGUGCGGUCUUCGUGAUCAUCUCCAUUUUGAUCGAACAUGGGAUCCACUCUCUCGGGAAUUGGUUCCAGAAGCGCCACAAGAAGGCGAUGAUCGAGGCUCUAGAGAAAAUAAAAGCAGAGUUGAUGCUGUUGGGCUUCAUAUCUCUCCUUAUCACGGUGGGAACGGAACCGAUCUCCAUGAUCUGCAUGCCCAAGAACUUUGCAAAAACCAUGCUUCCAUGCGGGAAAGAUGACGGAACCAAGGAUUCUGAUGACUCUAAAGACGCCGACCUGAGCAAGGACCGGAAGUUGCUUUGGUACAAUGAAGAUGUUCCCUGGCGCCGGUUCCUUGCUCCUGAAGAGAAAACCGAUCACUGCUCGAAACAUGACCAAGUGCCAUUGAUCUCACAGUCAGGGGUCCAUCAAUUGCACAUCUUCAUAUUCGUGCUUGCAGUGUUUCACGUUCUCUACAGCGUCCUCCUGAUUGCACUAGCAAAAGCAAAAAUGAAGAAAUGGGAAGCAUGGGAGCGGGAGACCACUUCGCUGGAGUACCAAUUCAACAAUGAUCCUUCAAGAUUCAGACUGACUCAUCAGACAUCAUUCAUUCGUCGGCACAGUGGACUCUCUACCACUCCUGGUCUCCGAUGGACAGUAGCAUUCUUCAGGCAGUUCUUUGCUUCAGUGACAAAGGUCGACUACAUGACAAUGCGGCGCGGGUUCAUCAAUGCUCACUUUGCUCCAAAUAGCAAAUUUGACUUCCACAAGUACAUCAAAAGAUCGAUGGAAGACGACUUCAAGGUGGUCCUUGGUAUCAGUAUCCCCCUGUGGAUUUGUUGUAUCGUCUUUCUACUCACGAACUUCAAGGGAUCAUAUGCACUUGAAUUGGUGUCAUUCCUACCACUGGCAAUUCUCCUGCUAGUUGGGGCUAAACUCGAGAUCAUCAUAAUGGAGAUGGCCCAACAGAUUCAGGAGAAGACCACGGUGGUUAAAGGGGCUCCAAUCGUGGAGACGAGCAACAAGUACUUCUGGUUCAACCGACCUGGUUUCAUCCUCUUCUUGAUACACUUCACUCUGUUUCAGAAUGCGUUUCAGAUGGCCUACUUCUUGUGGAUAUGGUACGAGUUUGGCUUAAGAUCGUGCUUCCACAAGAGAUUUUACGAGAUAUUGACGAGGGUGUGCCUUGGGGUUGCCGUUCAAAUAUUGUGUAGCUACAUCACCUUCCCGCUGUACGCACUGGUAACACAAAUGGGAUCGCACAUGAAGAAGGCCAUCUUCGAGGAGCAGACCGCGAAGGCCCUGAAGAACUGGCAUAAGGCAGCAAAGGAGAGGAAGAAACUCCGGAAACAGGAGGAGAAGCAGAACAACAACGGCGAGUACCCAUCGUCACCAACACCGAGUUUCAUGAGCGGGGAGAACAGCCUGAGCAUCGGCUCCUCUCCUCUCCACCUCCUCCACAAGUACAAGCACAACUCAAGUGACUGGCCGCAGGAGAGUGGCCUCAGCUCCCCAAGGUCUUACUACUCUGAGACUGAGCUCUCUGAGGGAGAGGUGGGGGCACCAACUGCUUUCAGUAAUAACAAUGAUUCUGUGGGGCAUCAUGAUCAUCGUCAAAAUGGGAAUGAGAUUCACAGUUGUGAUUUCUCUUUUGCUCAGCCUUGACAAGAGAUGAAGCUUUGCAACCUCAUAAAUAUUUUAGGUUAAUAAACUUAUUUUUGUUCAAUCAGAUCACACGGUGUCCUCACUCUA